CGCAAAUUUGCAAGGCGAAGUAGCUAGUUUGCGGUGCGGGUGACUGUGAGUUGAGGCGUCGAGUUCGGGGUUGCCGGUACCGAUGCAUGCGUGCUGAAGACACAAUCUUGCUGAUGAGCCUGCCGAGGAAGACCGCUACUUGCAACGUCUUUAAGAUUAUGCUCCGCGAAGCUGACCCACGCAGAACGACCGUGCUUGCUGCUGCACGGCUGCCAGAAGCCAAUAGCCCUCUCCGCCGACCGGCUCCCAUACCGCCUCUGGCCGCGUCUGUCCUUCGCUCAAGGUUUUUCGCUUGAAGGAUGCGCUGUGCCACGCGGAGCGGUCCAGCGUGGCUGGCAUUGCUUGGGCUGCAGCAGCGGUGCACGCGCGGGAGCAUUCAGGCGGCGACCGCGGCUCGCACCAUCGCUCCUGCUGCUGCCGCGGGCCGCCGCGGCCGCUGUUGCCCUGUGGCAGCAGCUCCCAGGCGCAGCACAUGGAGCAGCACUGCCGCCAGCCGGGGUGCUGUCCAGGCAAAGGCGGGCGCCGAGGAGCCCGCCCCUGGCCCCGACUGCCGCCGCCCUAGCGAGGAGCAGGCGAGUGGUCAGCAGGCCGCCGCCUCGUCCGACGCUGCGUCGCUACAGCUGCGUGUGGGCGACCUGGAGGGCCAGGUGUCAGAGCUGCAGGGCCAGGUGUCAGAGGUGCAGGGCCAGGUGUCAGAGCUGCUAGCAUGGAGGCGCAGCCUGCAGGAGCAAGGACCGCAGCCGCCGCCGGAGGAUUGUGGUACGCAUCCGCCAGAUCCCUCUCAGCAGCAGCAGCAGCGCAUGCUGGAUGGGGGUCGUGACGGCAGGAGCACGAGCACGGAGCAGGAGCCUGCGGCAGAGGCAGCAGCAACAGAGCCGGAGCCGGAGCCGGAGCCGGAGCCGGAGGUGGAGCCAGAGGUGGAGUGUGCGUUCCGGGGACCCUACCCCGACGUGCACAUGCCCCGUACCCGGCCGGUACCCGGCGCAGUGGUCACGGCCGACAACGCGCAUGUGGGGCUGGUGGUGCGGCGCGGCCCGGACUGGGACAGGAUACACACCAACUGGAUUGCCGCCGGGCAGGACGGCGGCCCCAGCAGCGAUGGCAUCAUCACAAGUGUCAGCACCUGUGGCGAGUUCGCGCACGUCACCUGGCGCGCCACCGGCGUCAGCAUUUCUUGCUUCAUUACCGGCGAGCGGCGCUGGCGCGAGCUGGUGGUAGCACCGGCGCAGGUCCAGAUUGCGAAGCACAAGCUGGAGCAGAGGCAGGCGGAACUGCAGGCGCAGCGGCAUUGGCGGUGGUGGCCGUGGUAGCCUUGCAGCUGCUGCCAGAUACAGCUGCACGCUAGCUGCUAGCUGCCACGAGCCCGCAUGGCCCUUCACCUGAGCCGGUGAUAGGGCGGUAGCCAACUGCAUGUGUGUCGGUAGGGCGGAGAUAGAGGCGGCGCAGUCGGGUUGUUUGGAUCGGGUGGUUGUGGCGGCACGUGCAGUGGCGGUGGUGGCGAGGCGUCGUUGAGGUGUCGGGCCCUGCAACGGGAUGGCGGGCAACCAACAACUGUGCAGGCGGGCACAGGGCGAGUACGCGGCCGACGGUUACAGGAAAGUAGGCGGGCGGCGAGUGCGUUGCAUGCGCGGACUUGUAUCAACGUGUUUUGGGGGGUUUCGUAAGGCCACCACGUGAAGUGGCGCGCGGUCGUGAACGCAAGUGUACAAGGUAGCGGGUGGCGACAACAAGUAACUGCCGGUGGGUCUUGCGGUCUGCCUGCUGUUGCUCGGGUGAUGCCGGAGCACUAGCUAGGCAGGUGACAAGGCAUACGUGUUUGUCGUGUGUGUACUCUGUGUGUGACGGAGGGGUUAUCGGAUGCGGGGAUGACAUACGGUGACGCACGGGAGUCUGGCGGGACCUUGGCAGACACGCCACUGCAACAGAGGGCUUCUCAGCUCCUUGAGCUUCUUGCAAGUUAAACGUCGAACCACG